CCCCCACCCCACCAUGGCCGCGCUGCCCACCCUGCUGUACCCUUGGGAUGACACCGGGAACGAUCCCUGGAACGACACCGGGAACGACCUCUGGAAUUACACCGGGAGCGACCCCUGGAACGACCUGGACUCGGCCGAGAUCCCUCUGGGCCACCGCCUGGUGCUGGCCCUCUACGCCGCCAUCUUCCUGCUGGGCGUGCUGGGCAACGGCGCCGUGCUCUGGGUGACGGCGGCCGAGCUCCGCCGCACGGUCAACGGCGUCUGGUUCUCCCACCUGGCCUUGGCCGACCUGCUGAGCUGCCUGGCGCUGCCCUUCCUGGCCGUGCCGCUGACCACCGACCACCACUGGCCGCUGGGCGCCGCGGCCUGCAAGGUGCUGCCCUCGCUGACCGUGCUGGCCAUGUUCUCCAGCGUGCUGCUGCUGACGGCCAUCAGCGCCGACCGCUGCGCGCUGGUCACGCGCCCCGUGUGGUGCCACAACCGCCGCACGCCCGCCUUGGCCGCGGCGGCCUGC